AUGAUUAGUGGACUUGUUGAUAGUGGUCGUACAGAUUGGUCAAUUGAGAAGAAUGUAUCUUUCUGGCAUGAGCAAGCACGUAUGGAGAUUGAAAAAGCACUUGGCCGAAAAGAAAAUACACGAGUAGCAAAAAAUGUCAUUCUAUUUCUUGGUGAUGGAAUGGGUAUUUCAACGGUAACUGCUGGAAGAAUACGUAAAGGACAAGUCAAUGGUCAAUUAGGUGAAGACUAUCUGACUGAAAUGGAACAGUUGACUCAUUUGGGUUUGUCAAAAACAUACAAUAUUGAUCAUCAAACACCAGAUUCAGCAGCGACAGCGACUGCUUAUUUAUGUGGUGUUAAAGCCCAACUGGGUACUAUUGGAGUCGAUGGGCGAGCAAAACGAAGCGAUUGUCCCAGUUCUAUUGGUACAGAUGUUGACAGUAUUGUGGAUUGGGCACAGAACGAAGGCAAAAAAGUUGGCAUCAUAACAACUGCUCGUAUCACUCAUGCAACACCAGCUGCGGCAUAUGCACAUAUACCUGAACGAAAUUGGGAAAGUUUUGACGGUAGAAAUUUCAAUGCAAGCCAUUCAGCACAAGGUUGUAGAGAUAUCGCUCAUCAACUUAUUGUUCGGACUCCUCCAAUAGAUCUGCUAUUUGGUGGUGGUCGUCAACUUUUCUAUCCAACAACAACAUUUGAUGUUGAAUAUCCUAGAAUACGAGGAUCUCGUAUUGACAAUCGAUCUCUUAUUGAUGAAUUUUGGAAAGGAGAAUAUAUCUGGAACAUGUCUCAAAUGAAUAAAUUCGAAUUAGGUUCACCACAACCAUUGUUAGGUCUUUUUGAACCAAGUCAUAUGCGCUAUGAAUUCAAUAGAAGUCAGAGUAAUGAUGAUGAACCAAGUUUAUCACGCAUGACUGAAUUUGCUAUUGAACAUUUUCUGAAAUCUGAUAAAGGUUUUUUUCUUCUUAUUGAAAGUGGAAGAAUUGAUCAUGCACAUCAUGAUACAAAGCCAAGAAAUGCUCUUGAUGAAUUUGUCGAAUUUGAUAAUGCUAUUGGACAAGCCAAAAGACUCUUGCAAGCAAAAGGUGUUCUCGAUGAUUCUCUCAUUGUUGUUACAGCUGAUCAUUCACAUGUAUUUUCAAUUGGUGCUUAUUCUUCACGUGGUUCAAAUAUAUUAGGUUUUGGCUCAUUAGAAAACAAGAAUGUAAGUGAUAUUGAUGAUUUACCUGUGAAUAUCAUCACCUAUGGAAAUGGACCCAAUUUUCCUUCGUCUCGAAAUGCCACGUAUUUAUAUUCAUUAAACAUAAAUUCGACAGAUUAUCUUGCACCGGCAGCUCUACCUAUGGACGCAGAAACUCAUGGUGGUGAAGAUGUUCCAGUUUAUGCACAUGGAUCAUGGAGUCAUCUAUUUAUUGGUACAUUCGAACAACAUACAAUUGCGCACAAAAUGGCUUAUGCGGCAUGUUUAGGUGCCUAUAAAACUAGAGAGGGAUGUUCAAAAGCAUCUUCAUCAUCAUCAUAUUCGACUUGUAAUCUUAUAUUAGUUGUCUCUUUCUUAUUCUCUCUGCUUAAUGCUUUUUAUUAUACUAAGACGGAUUAG